CAAUUUUGGAGUAAAUUAUCUUUUCCAGACAGUCCAUCCGGGCCUUAACCUUAUGUUACAAAAUUGAAUCUAUUAGUCGAUGCAGUAAAUCCAGGAGAAUGUGUUCAUCAGUGUUGAUGAAUUAAUACCGUAAUGAACAUGAUAAUUAUAACUGAAAAGAACCACAAAAAUGUCAUCCCAGAAAACUGAUUGAAGUGCAGAAGUUUUUGUUUCUUUUUGUUUAAAAAUUGGCAAGUUAUGUAACCUUAAAGUGAAAACCCACAUGAGUCCCCGUAUUCCGAUAAUGUCUCAGGCAAUCAAUUCAACAUCUCAAAAAAUUACAACGGAAAGCGUGACACUUCUUAAUUGUCUCCAGUGCAUCGGCAAUUUAAUCGGGUACUUCAUUCGAUUAUUCUUGGAAUUAUUCCUGCUAAUACUAACCGGAAUAAUUUCACAAAUAAGUGGGUUCGGGCUGUUUACGAGGAUAUUGGCUCCGGUACUCUUGAUGGGUUUUAUACUCAUGAAUAUUUUUCCCUUUCAACCUCUGACGUAUUGCACACAUCGUAGAAUCAUUAAUCAAUCAUUGUACGAAAUCUUUGAAGUUCAUUUACUCAAUGCAAUACAUCCUCCAGUGACAGCUCGUACGUCUAAUUCACCCCGUGAAAAUUCAACAUUCCCGAAUAUAACGGAGAGUGGAAAAGCUGUACUCCGAAUUAUUUUCAACGAAACUUCACCGAAUCAAGAUGCCACGGAUUUGAUGUCAUCGGUAAAUCCGGAGGACGUGAAACAGCAUUUGAGAAAUAUCGAAGAAAAUGCAGCUGCAAUGAGAGUGCUGUAUCCAGAAUGCAGUGAGCGAAACGAUGAAAGUUUUAUUCAAGAAAUUACUUCAAAACGAAAUGAGUGGGUAAGAGCAUCGAUAAAUUCUGCAAAUCUGUUCACACCAUCAUCGACACUGGUGAACAUUGAAGGAGUACCUAGCCACUUACCGAUAAGUAAACCCGUCAUCGAUGAUAACACUGAUGGAAUUGAACGAGUUAUAUCUGUGAUUAACCCCGAUUCCUCAAUAGAUAGUAAUCAAGAUCAAGAGUUGGUGGUUAGAAACCGUGAAAAUUCCGAAGACAUUGAAGUCGUGCUAUCUGUUGAAGAUGGCUCCGAGAAUAGAGUUGAUCUUUCAAUUACUAGAUAAAGGAAAACAUGACCAACAACUCUCGUACAUUAUAGACUAUUUUUCGUGUAUUUUAUCUACGCUUUAUUAUUGAAAUUAUUCAAAAGUAACUAGAGUAGAUAAUUUUAUAAGAGGAAUGAUUGGAGAAUAUUAAUCAGGCCCACAAUGAUACGGAAAUUAUGGAAAUAGAUUUUUUCUAUUAGAAUUGAUGGAUAAAUUUGGUGAAGAAAAUUCGAUUCGAUAUGACGAGCCUAAUUCAAACCUUUUGUCCAACCCUUGACACGUAGAAUAAUA